AGAAUCGCCCACCACCACACCCAACCUCACACCUCACCACUCAGACCCCAACCCAAAAUGUCCAGCGACUUCAAACCCACCAACGUCCUCAUCAUAGGCGGCACCGGCACCAUCGGCGCCUACAUCACCUCUUCCCUCCUCUCUGCCGCCACUCCCAAACCCUACACCACUCUCUCCCUCUUCACCCGUCCCGGCUGGGACUCCAACCCCUCCUCCCAAAAGGCCCAACUCAUCAAGCACUGGCAAUCCCAAGGCCUCAACGUCGUAACCGGCGACGUCGAAUCCCUCGACCAAGCAGGUUUCACCAAGGUCUUUGAAGACGGCAAGUUCGACACCGUCAUCUCCUGCCUGGGCCGCGCUACGCUCAAGUACCAACCCAAAAUCAUCGACGCGGCUGAGCACUCACAAAGCGUGCAGUGGUUCUUGCCGUCCGAGUUUGGCACGGAUGUGGCGCAUAAUGAGAAGAGUGCCCAGGAGCCGACGCACGUGGGCAAGUUGGCGCUGAGGAAACACAUCAGGGAGAAGAUUCAGCGGUUGAAGGUCACGUAUGUGGUUACUGGGCCGUACUUUGACAUGUGGCUUUAUCCCACGCCUGGCUAUGAGCAGGCUGGCGGGUUUGUGCCGGCGGAGAAGAAGGCGUACAUCAUUGGUGAUGGCGAGGGCAAGGUUGGGUUUUGUACCAUGUGGGACGUCGGCAAAUUCGUCACCGCCACCCUCCGCCACCCCGCCCAAUCCUUCGGCAAAGCCCUCAAAGUCCAAUCCUUCAUUGUAACCCCCAAUGAAGUCCUCUCGGAAUUCCAGAAGCAAACCGGCUUCGAUUUCGAGGUCAUCAAGACCCCGCUCCCUGAGAUUGAAUCGCUCGAGGACGUCCUCUGGGACAAGAAGAGCGACAACCCGCAGCCCAAUCCCUGGGCUACUCUCGUCACGCUGCGUAGGAUCUGGGCUCGGGGCGGCACGCUGUACGAGAAGAAUGAUAAUGAGGUAUUGGAAGUCAACCAGGAGGAUUUGGAUACGUUGGAGGAAGGGGUGAGGAGGUAUUUGGCUGGUGGAUAUAAGGGGGAGACGUUUGGAGUAAAGGCGUGAGGCGCGUGAUGGCAUGCGGGGCGUGAUUCGAGAGGGGAUGCAUGGGGAAAGGGGAAAAAGUGCUAGAGGUGAACAGUGACUUGUGCUUGUCGAGGGUGGUGACUGCCCUUAUCUCAACACCUUACUUCCAUGUCCACUCUCGCUCUAUCCGCUCGCCCUCUUGGAAAUCCAGGCUAAUCUUCGUUAGAGGUAGUUGUCGUCUUACAAAUGAAACCCCCACGAUUGAUGGAUGUAA